AUGACCAGCAGCAACCACAAUUCCCUGUCCAAGAAGAAGAAGCUCUUCUUGUCUCUCUUCUCCACCCUUCUUCUAGUGGCAACCGUCGCCGCCAUUGUCGUCGGAGUAAACUCACACAAGAAGAACUCCACCGGAGAAAACAAUGCCUCCUCCCUCUCUCACCAUUCUCACACCAUAAUCAAAAACGCUUGCAGCAGCACAUUCUACCCUGAACUCUGUUUCUCAGCCAUAUCCUCUGAACCUGGCAUCACAAACAAAGUAACAAACCACAAGGAUGUUAUAGAGUUAUCCUUGAACAUCACAACCAGAGCCGUUGAACACAACUACUUCACAGUGGAGAAGCUUCAAAACAAAAAGGGUCUAACAAAAAGGGAGAAAAUCGCACUCCAUGAUUGCUUAGAAACCAUUGAUGAAACCCUCGAAGAGCUCAAGGAAGCCUUUGAGGAUCUCAAACUUUACCCUCAAAAGAAAUCACUUUACCAACAUGCUGAUGACCUCAAAACACUCAUCAGUGCCGCCAUAACAAACCAAGUUACUUGCUUGGAUGGUUUCUCUCACGAGGGUGCUGAUAAGACUGUGAGAAAAGCUCUUGAACAAGGACAGAUACAUGUUGAACACAUGUGUAGCAAUGCUUUGGCUAUGACCAAGAACAUGACUGAUACUGACAUAGCCAACUAUGAACAGAACAUGAUUAUGGAUGGAAACAACAAUAAUAGGAAGCUGAUGAUGGAUUUUAAUGAGGGUGCAAUUCAGUGGCCGGAGUGGAUUUCUGCGGCGGAUAGGAGGCUUUUGCAGGCGCCGGCGGUGACACCGGAUGUGGUGGUGGCGGCUGACGGCAGCGGUGACUUUAAGACGGUGUCAGCUGCGGUGGAUGCAGCUCCUUUGAAGAGUAGCAAGAGAUUUGUUAUAAGGAUUAAAGCUGGGGUUUAUAGAGAGAAUGUUGAUGUGCCAAAGAAGAAGAUUAAUAUAAUGUUCUUGGGUGAUGGUAGAACUAACACUAUCAUCACUGGUAGCAGAAAUGUUGUUGAUGGCAGCACAACCUUCCACUCUGCCACUGUCGCCGUUGUGGGUGGACAAUUUUUGGCCCGAGACAUAGCCUUUCAAAACACAGCAGGGCCCUCAAAGCACCAAGCAGUGGCUCUAAGAGUUGGUGGUGACCUUUCAGCCUUCUACAACUGUGACAUCUUAGCAUACCAAGAUACCCUUUAUGUACACAACAAUCGCCAAUUCUUUGUGAACUGUCUCAUAUCAGGGACAGUGGAUUUUAUCUUUGGUAACUCAGCUGUUGUGUUACAAAACUGUGACAUUCACGCUAGGCUUCCUAAUUCAGGCCAAAAGAACAUGGUCACUGCACAAGGGAGGGUUGAUCCUAACCAAAACACUGGCAUUGUUAUCCACAAGUGUAGAAUUGGUGCCACUAAGGAUUUGGAACCUGUGAAGAAGAGUUUCCCUACAUAUCUUGGUAGGCCAUGGAAAGAGUACUCUAGGACUGUGAUUAUGCAAACAACAAUUAGUGAUGUGAUUGACCCAAUUGGGUGGCAUGAGUGGAAUGGUGACUUUGCUUUGAACACUUUGGUUUAUAGGGAAUAUCAAAACAAUGGGCCAGGAUCUGGAACUUCUAAGAGGGUUGCAUGGAAAGGGUUUAAGGUUAUUACUAAUGCUGCUGAGGCCCACGCUUUUACUCCUGGAAGUUUCAUUGCGGGCUCUACCUGGUUGGGCUCUACUGGGUUUCCUUUCUCUCUUGGGUUGUAA